AUGACACCGCGAGUAUCAGUUGAGACUUCUUCGAUCAAAAUCUGCCCACCUCCCCCCAAUCUCUCCCCCCGCCCCCCCUUUCCUCCCCUCCGCCCCCUCUUCCCCCCCCUCCAUCCCCCCACCCACUUCCCCCACCUCCUCCUUCCCCUCUCCCUCUCUAUCCCUCCCUUGUACCACCUGUACGUGAGCUACGCCUGCCCCUGGGCGUCGCGGUGCCUCAUGGCGCUCAAGCUGAAAGGACUCGACGACGCCAUCUCUGUGACUGUGCUGAACCCAACGUGGGUGCGAACGCGCGAGGGGGAGGAGCCUUUCGGAUGGGCGUUUCCGUCCGCGGAGGGGGACGCUGAGGAGCCGGGGGCGCAACCUGAUCCGAUUUUUGGUGCUCGCUUCGUCCGCGACAUAUACGAGAAAAUAGAUCCUUCAUACAAGACCUUUUCUGUGCCGAUUCUGUUUGACAAGAAAUCUGGCACGAUAGUGAACAACGAGAGCGCAGAGAUCAUGAGAAUGCUCAACUCCGAAUUCAACGCCGUCGCUGCCAACCCCCACGUGGACCUCUAUCCUGCGGCCAUGCGGGGGGCUAUCGAUGGGGUGAACGAGUGGGUUGGGCCGGCCAUCAACAGCGGCGUGUUCAAAUGUGGAUUUGCCAAGGAGCAAGCAGCUUAUGAUGCGGCCGUAGCAACCCUCUUCUCUGCUCUGGAUCGCUGUGAAGACAUCCUUUCAAAGCAGCGCUACCUGGCAGGGGACGCGGUCACAGAGGCAGACAUCCGGCUGUUUGUGGAUCUGAUUCGAUUUGAUGAG